AUGGCGUCCGUCAAGUCCGAGCAUGGCGUCAAGGGUGAGCAAGGCAUCAAGCCUGACCCCGAGGAUAUCAAGUCUGUGCCGCCCGCUUUCGACGAAGAUGAUGUCUACGAGGACGCCGGCGACCUCGACUUCUACAACACCGAGAACCCCCAGGACCCCGAUGGCAACGCCUACCUGGCCCACAUCCCCAAGUACCUCCACGACGAAUGGGCCCAGCUGAGUCGCGACGAAGAGUUGGUCAUCGGCAAGGUGCGCACGUGGACAGAGGUCGACCGCUCCGGCCAGCAGGUCCAGAAGCUGGCCAUCCUGCUCGACGCCAAGAACCCCAGCCAUCAGAACGUACCAAAGGAAUACACUCUCGAGUUGAAAGAUGGCAACCUGCUCAACACCUUCAUGUUCACCGAACAGAACCUGCCUGGCUUCAAGGGCAAGUCACAAGGCGGUCCCAAUAACAACAUCCCCGCAUACCUCAGGCCCAAGCCUGUCCAGCCUAAGGAGAAUGGCAAGCCCGAGCCUGGUCGCCGGGGCAGACGAGAGCCGUAUUACCGCAAGGCUAUCCCCAAGAAGACCAAGUUGGCCGCUCGGUUCAGUCGGGAGGUCAACUGCCAACCCGUCAUGACGCCAGAGACGAAGCACAUCUUGGCCAUGAGAGCCAGCGACGCGCUCAAGCCCAAAGCGACCACCAGCGUGCUGGCCGGCACGAGAAACCCGGUGGGUGUCAUUCAUGCCGGCACAGCCGUGGGCAACCAGAAGAUGUCCGGCUUUGUGCGCACCGUCGAUCCGAAAGCGAAAACCAAGAAGCAGAAGGACGAAAGGGCUGCCCGUAUGGAACGGCACGUCCUGCGCGAUGCUAUCUUUGCGCUUUUCGACGAGUUCAGGUACUGGCCUAUGGGAGGCAUGAAGGAAAGGCUGAAGCAGCCCGAGGCUUGGCUGCGGGAGAACCUGGAGGACAUUGCCAACAUGCACAAGAGCGGUGCCUUCUCCAAUCACUGGGAGCUCAAGCCCGAAUACCGGCGCAGCGCAGGUGCCGAAGCUGCGCCAGACGCAGCUGAAGGCGCUGACGACGAUGACAUGGAUAUCGACGAUGACGAAAACAUUCAGAUGGAGGACGUGGUCUGA